GAGUUUUCUGCUCAGGUUAAUUUCUUUUUCUCAAAGAUGGCGUCAAACUUGACUGUCAAAGUGCAUCCGGUAGUAUACAUGACCAUCGUUGACUCAUACCUUCGAAGACAAAGGCCAACAAAAGCAGGGCAACCUGCGAAUGAUAAAGCUUUAGGAACUUUGAUGGGAUUUUACGAAAAGGAUGCGGUUCAGGUGACUAAUUGCUUCGCUAUUCCCUUCAGUGAACUUCGCGAUGAUUUGGAGCUUGAUGACUCUUUCAAUCAACAAAUGAUCCAAAUGCUGAAGAGAGCCGCACCCACUGAACAGCCUGUGGGAUGGUUCUACACUUCGUCGGAUCUGUCAUCAAAUUGUCUUAUCUAUCAUGAUUAUUACAAUAGGGUUAUCAACGAGGUGUCACGAAAGGAGGUACCACCAUUGAUCUUGCUGACGUUAGACACUACAUUCUCCAGUGUAGAUGACAAGUAUCGCAUGCCAAUGAGAGCUUACCUCAGAACUAUGGCUGGAAUACCUCGUGCUCGUGAUCCUCAUUGUGCAAUAUUCAACCCACUACGCGUGGAAUUGGAUGCAUUUCCGGGAGAGUGUGUCGCAAUGCAACUGAUUGAGAAUGCGCUUGACUCUCGGCGACGCGAAGUUACCAUGGAAAGUGGUCUGGAACAACUUGAAAGGAGCAUAGGUCAGAUAAUCGAAUGGCUGGAAAGGUUGCUAGAAUACGUCAACGAGGUCAUAUCUCGUGAUGAAUUGCCUUCUGAUGCCACGAUGGGGCGUCGCCUAAUGGAUAUUGUCAAUACCGCUGCCACUCACAUGCAGACUGAAAAACUAGAUAAUCUUGUCAAGAAUAGCCUAAGGGAUUACAUGAUGAUAUCGUAUCUGGCAAAUCUUACUACGACUCAGUUGCAAGUUCAUGAGAGGAUGACAAAUAUCUGAAUGUUCUGUCCCUUCUACCUAUAAUUGUUGACUAAAAUAUCGCUGGGUUCAAAUGAUGCGUUACGAAGCUACAAGUAAAUUUAGUAGGAUGUCUGAUAUGGCGACUUGAUAGUGUACGGCAUCAUUUUCGUUACUGUCUUCACCAUUGUCACCGUUUGUUCUCGCUAUUUCUUCUGCACCAUACUGAAAAAUUGUACUGCGGAUGUAGUGCUGUGCUUUUUCACAACUUUUUAGAAUUUCUUUGUUGACUUUCUGGAGAGCUGUUGUCCCGUGAUUGUUGAACUCUGUUGAAAUAAAUAUUCAUAUGAAAA